CUAAAUAUUCACAAUGGCCCGCACACUUUGGACGCACUAAUACUCUUAUCUUUUGUAAAGCCAAACUGUUCACUAUAGAUGUUCUGUUUAUAAAUAAUCGACGCCAGGGCACUUUCUGAUGGCAGUAAAAGGAUUGACUCCUCCUGGCCUAAACUGAAAAUGAUGGCUAAAAUGUGUACUAUCUGGAGUUGCCGUGCCAGGUAUACGCCAAAUUGGGAUGUUUUUAAGGAUAUAGAAAACAUCCCAAAUCCAAAUUAAUCCAUCAGAAUUUGUGCGUGACAGCUUAAUCAAGUGGAUGUAAGUAGUUGUACAGAGAAGAUUGCAAGAGUAGCCAUUUAGACUGGGAGACAAACAUCUAUCAGAUGAGCACCAUGGCUGUCAACAAAGAGAGGAAAAGGUCCAAGCUGAGGGGUCACCUGCACAUGAUGGGCUACAAUCACUAUCUAGGAGCAGAAUCUGUGCCUCUUGUUGAGAAACUUUUCAGUGAUCUGGUCCACACAACCGAAAGCCUGAACGAAUCCCAACGAUCAACAGACAAGUCAGAGAAAGAAAGCCAAAACUGUGAUGUCCGCCUGACCCGGGAGAACCAAAAGCUUCACCUUGAGCUCAUGAUGGUGAAGGGCGAAAAAGCCCACGUGACCAAAGAGUUGAAGGUCUACAUCACGAAGCUGGACGACGAGCUUGCUUUGCUGAAGUCUUUGAACAAGCGGUAUGUCCAAAAGAUCCACAGCCUGGAGAAGGACUGCAAAGAAAAGGCCAGGAUCAUCCGUCAAUUACGGAGGAAGAAUUUGAAUGUCGGGGUGCAGGCAGAAGCACUUCAUGCCACAUCUCUGUCUGAUGAGCCGCAUGCAGCCGGCCUGCAGCAGGAAGAACUCACAAAAUCAAAAACAGAGCUGGAAAAUUCUCAGGAACACAUACGACUCUUAAAUAACCAAAUCGAUGAACUGCAAGAGACCAACGUCACACUGGAACAAAAGGUCAAGGGAGUGGGGCACAAGUCCUCCACCAAAGUGGCCGACCUCACAUCGAAGAACCAUGAACUGUGUCAAGAGAUCACGGACAUACGCAACCUCGCCAGGAUGAUGGAGAUGGAGAAGAGGCAAAAGUUGAAAACUGCCGAAAUGAAAUUGCAAGAUCUGAAAGACGUUAACCGAAAGCAACAGGAAGUCAUUAAAAACUUGGAGGAUCAGCUCAGUAAAAAAAGAAUGACUUCAGAUCUCCCAGGCGAACACGAACAGAAACCAAGGACUGUUGACCAUCAGGACGACAUUCACGUUGAAGCUUCUGACCUGGAGUUUAUAAAAUCCGAGCUUGAGGAUCAGUUGGGGGAUCUCAGAGAGCAGGAUGAAAAUUUUAAGGGAAUGGUGGAUUUACUGGCAGCAGAGAAAAGCAGGCUGCAGGACAAAGUGCAGAAGAUGAUGUCUGUUGAGAAAGUCUUGGUGCUGGAGUUGGAGGGCUGGCGGACGAGAUACGGCAUUUGUGGAAGGGCACGCUCGCCAUCGCGUCUGGACGCCUUUGUCAAGAGUUUGGAGGAGGAAAGGGAUCACUAUCGCCAGGAGGCUGAACACUAUAAAAACGUUAGUAUGUCCAGCAGCUCCAGUCGCAGUCCGGACAGGCAGAGGAGUCAGGGAAUCGAGAAAAUAAAACAGCAGCCUGAGGACCAAAGCUCAAAUCCACCUGAUGAAAUUUGCAACCUGAAAGAGGCACUCAGACUGGUAGAAGAAAAUCUCCACCAGGUGACGAAAGAAAAAAUCUCUCUGAUGGAAGAAUUGAACGAAAUGCAGAAGGCCCAACAAAGCUCAAACACGCCUCCUGGAAUCCUGAAACCCAAUGAAAAGUUCAUGCAGGCAGCAAAAAAAAUCCAACAAUUGACGAAAGAAAAAGACGGACAGAUCGAGGAGAUUGAGCACGAGCGACGCAACUCGAAUACAUCGGAUGAGAUCUCAAACCUGCCGUCAGAAGAAAACCUCCAACAGCAGCUGCAGCCCGAACGGCACGACUCUACCGUGUUUGCUGAAAUAGUGGACCUGAAAGAGGAGCUUAGUUUGGCUGAAGAAAAAACCCAGCUGUUGACGGCUGAAAAAGACUCACUCAUGGAGGAGUUUCAGCAAAAGCAGCUGCAGUGUGAGCAACACACCUCAGAAAUGUCAAACCUCCGGGAGCGCCUCAAACUAGCGGAAGAGAAAAUCCAGCAGCUGAUGGGUGAAAAACAUGCACAAAUGGAAGAAUUAAAGCAAAUGCAGGAGCAGCAUGCAGCACCGUCUGCUGAAAUCACAAAGCUGAAAGAAGAGCUCCGUUUGGCCAAGGAAAGAAUCUCACAGGUGUCGACUGCAAAAAAUCCACUGAUGGAGGAACUAAAGCAGCAGCAUGAAAAGCAAAUCUCCAAUGCUUCCGCUGAAAUCUCAAAACUAAAAGAGGAGCUUCAACGGGCAGAAGAAAAGAUCCAGCAGUUAACUUCUGAAAAAGACUCACUGAUGGAGGAGUUUAAGCAAAAGCAGCUGCAGCACGAGGAGCACGACUCAAAAAUAUCUGCUGAGAUGUUCACACUGAAAGAAAAGCUUAAAAAUGCUGAAGAGAAAAUUCAGCAGGAGAAGUCAGAAAAAGGCAUAAAGAUGGAGGAAUUGAAGAAAAUGCAGAUACAGCUCGACAACGACAGCUUAAGUACAUCUGAUGAAAUCGCAAACCUGAAAGAGCAACAUAGAUUGGCUGAAGAACAAAUCCUUCUAAUGAUGGACGAAAAACAGUCACUGAUGCAGGAACUGAAGCAACAGAAGCUACAGCAUGAGCAACACAUCUCCAACACGUGUGCUGAAAUCUCAGACCUGAAAGAGAAGCUCGGAGUGGCUGAAGAAAAAAUCCAGCAAGUUACGGCAGAAAAAGACAAGCAAAUGAAGGAAUUUAAGCAAAAGCAACUGCAAGAUGAGGAGCAUAACUCAAAACAAUCUGCUGAAUUGUUAACACUGAAAGAGAAAAUCACAAAGACAGAAGAAAAACUCCAGCAGGUGAAAUCUGAAAAAGACACACAGAUGGAAGAAUUGAAGCAAAUUCAGCUGAAGCACGACGAGCAGCACUCAAAAACCUCUGCGGAAAUAUUAACGCUAGACGAGAAGCUCCGACUGGCAGAAGAACAAAUCCAACAGGUGAAAGCUGAAAAAGACUCACUGACGGAGGAAUUGGAGCUGCAACAGAGUGCCGAUCAAAACUCAAAUACAUCUGCUGAAGUUGUAGAACUGAAAGAGAAACUCAGAGUAGCAGAAGAAAAAAUCCAGGAGUUAACGGCUGUAAAAGACUCACUGGUGGAGGAACUGAAGCAAAUGCAGCAGCAGAAUGAGCAACUCACCUCAAGCACAUCUGCUGAAAUCUCUAAACUGAAGGAGAGUCUCAGACUGGCAGAAGAAAAAAUCCAGCAGGUGACGGAAGAAAAAGACUCACAGUUGGAGGAACUUGAGCUGCAGCCAGUCGACGAAAGCUCAAAGCAUCCAUCUGACGAAGUUUUAGAACUGAAAGACAAGCUCAGAUGGGCUGAAGAAAAAGUCCAGCUGGUGACUUCUGAAAAAGACUCACUGAUGGAGGAGUUGAAGAAACAGCAAAAGACAAGUUCAAGUACAGCUGAUGAAAUCUCAAAGCUGAAAGAAAAGCUCAGACUGGCAGAAGAAAACAUCCAGCAAUUGACCGAAGAAAAAGACUCAUUGAUGGAGGAAUUGAAAAAAAAUAACAGUUCAAUCACAUGUGAUGAAAUCUCCAACCUGAAAGAGAAGCUUAGACUGGCAGAAGAAAACAUCCAGCAGUUGACUAAAGAAAAAGAUUCAAAAGAUGUUGAGCAGAAGCAACGUGAUGACCAAAGCGCAAAUGCGGCUGCUGAAGUUGUUAAACUGAAAGAGAAGCUUCGACGGGCGGAAGACAAAAUCCAGCAGUUGACUAAAGAAAAAGAUUCAAAAGAAGUUGAGCAGAAGCAACGUGAUGACCAAAGCGCAAAUGCGGCUGCUGAAGUUGUUAAACUGAAAGAGAAGCUUCGACGGGCGGAAGACAAAAUCCAGCAGUUGACUAAAGAAAAAGAUUCAAAAGAAGUUGAGCAGAAGCAACGUGAUGACCAAAGCGCAAAUGCAGCUGCUGAAGUUGUUAAACUGAAAGAGAAGCUUCGACGGGCGGAAGACAAAAUCCAGCAGUUGACUAAAGAAAAAGCUUCAAAAGAAGUUGAGCAGAAGCAAUGUGAUGACCAAAGUGCAAAUGCAAAUGCUGAAGUUGUUAAACUGAAAGAGGAGCUUAAGUGGACAGAAGACAAAAUCCAGCAGGUGACGGUGGAAAAAGACUCACUGAUUAAGGAGUUGAAGCGAAAGGCCAGUUCAAACACAUCUGAAGAACUCUCCAACCUGAAAGAGAAACUCAGAUUGGCUGAAGAAAAAAUCCAUCAAGUGACAGCUGAAAAAGACUCACUGAUGGAGGAACUGAAGCAAAAGACCAGUUCAAACACAUCUGAAGAAAUCUCCAAACUGAAAAAGAAACUCGGAUUGGCUGAAGAAAAAAUCCAGCAGCAGAUCCGUGGCGAUCCAAGCUCAAAUACAUCUGCUGAAGCUUUGAAUAUGUUGAGAGACAAUCUUAAACUGGCAGACGAAAAAAUCCAGCGGGUGACGGCUGAAAAAGACUCCCUGAGGGAGGAGUUAAAGGGUGGCCAGACUUCCCCGCUGCCAUACGGACAUGGACAUGAAAACAGGAUUCUCGACCUGCAGAAUGUCAUUCAUAGUCUGGAGCAGGAGAACCUGGAGCUGCGUUCGCAGGUUUUUGCACUACGGGACCGUGAACGGGAUGUGGAGCGGCAGAUGGAUGCUCGUUCUGCUGCGCUGGUUCAGAAUGCGGAGGAGGCGGCACGGCAGAGAAAAGCGGGCUCCGGUCUUAGGCGACAGCAAGAGCAGAUUCAAAAUGCGCUUUUAGACCUCCAACAAAUGCUGUCUGUAAAGAACAACGAGUUGCACGCCGCUCACAGCCAGAUGGAAAAACUGGAGGACAUAAUCGAGUCGCUGAGUCAGCAGCUUUACCAGCACAAGCAGGAAGCCGAGGUCCUCCGCAUCUCUUUUUCCGCGUUGUGUAUAAAAAAGGACGUCAUGCAGGAGGAGAUGGCAAAGAAGACCAAGAGGCUGGAGGUUCUCCAGGAGCAGCUCGGCAAGAAGCUGGAGGUCGAACUGAAAAGCCGAGAGAGAGAGCUGGCCGCUCAGAGGAUCCUGCAAAACCACCAGGAGGGGUUGUUGCAACUCAAAAGAGACAACGAAUUGAUCAUCGACGAGUACAGGAGGCUGCAGGACGACCUGGCCGCCAUGACGCAGGAGAAUCAAGCUGCACACGUGGAGAUGGAAGAGACUUUAUGUGAACGGGAUGAGCUAAAACAAAGAGUCCAUUCUUACAUCAAUACGGUGUCCCGGAUUGAGAACAUCUUGAAGAUGAAGGAUCAAGAGAACCUGGAACUUGCGGAGCGUUUCCGCAUGGCCCGUUCGGACAUGCAGGAGCGGGAGCAUCGGUUGCAGCACGUGGAGGGCCUCAUCGGCUCCGUCCGCCUGGAGCUUCUGUCGUCUGAGAAGGAACGACAGCACCUCCGCGAAGCCCUCGGGCGCAAGGAGCGAGAGAUCCAGCAACAUCUGCAGGACUUUCAGACGUACAAGGAGCAAGCAGCGACGUUCGCCCGCGGGAUGUCCCAACUGGAGGAGGAGCUUCGCGUACUUCAGGAGGAGAAAGUGUCUCUCCUGGCCGACCUUGUCUCGGUCAGGGAGCUCUGCGUCAAAAUGGACUCGGACAAGGAAAUCGCCGCCCGGCAACUUUUGCACAAGAGCAUGGAGCUCGAGAGGGCGUCCACGAGGCAUGAGGACGCUCUGACGGAGGCGGCUCUCCUGAGGGAGCACCUGGCCAGCGAGAAGCUGGCGCUGCGCAACACGGACGCCAUGCUGGCCACCAGCCGCCUGGAGAUGUUCCAAGCCCACCAGGCGGCCAGCGACAAGGACGCCGAGCUCAAGGCCCUGCGCCACAGGCUUACCCUGGCCGAGAACAAGAUCGUGGCACACGCGAGGGAGGUGACUAAUCUCCGGGGGAAAGUCACACAGCUGCAGACCAAGAUGGAGGUUCUGAGCAGCAAAGGCCAUGAGCGCGGGGCCCUUCGGGACCCGCCCUCGUACGACAUCUCCUUCAGACCCUUGAGGGCCUCCUCGCCCGUCGACCACCCGGCCAUUCCUCGUCAGAUGGCCCCUGACAGCUCCAUACAAGAAGAGUUCACCUUAGGGCCCACCUGACAGAAGAUCCUGGACCAUCCUGGACUCCAAAAGAAGUGACGUAGUCCCACAACACUAGGACAUCUACAUGAAUGCUCUUCCCUUCUGUGAGGCUUCAGAGCUUCUCAGCAACUGAAUUGAGGAGCUUCAGGUUGACAAAAGUUGUGCUUUACUGCAAUCUUGUGGUAUCCAUAGGAAAUUAUACACAUUUUAAGGGGGAGCGUCAACGACUCGCAGAUUUUCAUUCACUAUUCGUGGUAGUUCCAUAUUACGAGGGAACACUGUACACUCAUACCGAUAAUCGGACCAAAUUUGUGCACCUCCUCCCCUUUGCAAUCAUAGGUCAGUGAAAACCUGAUUAUUGGAUGUCCCUAAAAAAAUGAUCCUGAGUGAUUAUCCUGACUAACAUUGUACUUCUACCACUUCAAAUUCGCUAAAUGGCACCAAAUGUUUUACUCGGGUCAAUGUUACAAAGCUAAAUUUUAACAUUGGCAAAAUAUGCAAAUUAUUUUUUCACACAUAAGGGUUCACACUUGCUGACAAGCAGCCUUAAAAGAUAACAUAUUGCACUGUCUGCUUACACAGUGGAAUGGAAAGAAGCCAUGGUCGAUCAAUAACCUCUUUAUUGUGAAAAUGAACGAACAUUUGGAUUUCGUUUCAUACUGUAUUUUUGAAUGUACUUUUUAUGUUGAACUGCGUAAUGCGGGUGGAAAUGUCACAAAUGUGGUGGUUAAAAUGUAUUAACAUUUAAAAAGUACACCCCCA